AUGACAGGUACAUGCAUUUAUUUGCUAUUGUACUUGUGAGAAUUUAUUGUAAUAGUUUGUAAAUAACGUUGUUAACAACGUUGAAUCGUUCGAUGACCUUACACGUACGUUUCUUGCCCUGAGUGAUUUUAUUAAUUUUUCACAAAAUUAGGAGGGAUCAAUUGUUUGCUUAAGUAACGUUUGUUACAAUUUCUUUUUUUUUUAUAGUUUUUCAUCUCACGUAGAAUGUAAUUCAAUAAAGACAAUUACUUGUUCUUCGAGAUGCUUUACAAUUAUUGUUUUAUUAUUGUUUAUGUAUAUUAUUACAUUACAGGUAUGUGAUUUUAGUGUUUCAAAGUUGAUACUUUUAAAUUAUUAGUUAAUUGUUUACUUUUCUACGUUUCAAACAUUUUUCAUUACAUUUUCAGGAUUUUACUCGUUUUAACGUACUAUUUAGUUGAAAAAAAUUCAUUUGCACGUUUUCAAUUGUUUUUGAUUUGAUGCAAGUACCUGGUCAACGAGAAAUUCAAAUGAGAACUUCCAUUCUUUUAAUUUUGACAGUUUGUUGCAUCAGCUAAUACAGGUCAAUACCUUCUUUUCUUAUGUUUUUUUUUUUUUUUUUUUUCAUUUUGAUGAUGUUUAACGCUGAUACGAUUUACAUCAUCGAAUUGCCAUACGAUGUUUGUUUUUGGAAGAGAACAGAGACUCGAGAAUAUUCUCGAAAAAUCAUUUUGUAAUAGUUUGUUGUUACGUCAUUAUUGAAAUAUUUUCUUUUAUUUUAUAAAAUUUGUUAAUUCUUUUUACUUAUUUCUUAUAUUUGUAAUUUUACAAUCUUUGCAUUUGUUUUAAAGUAUUUUUACAAUCUUUGUAUCUUCUAUACUUUCGUAACGUAAAUCAUUUUAUUUCGGAAAUGAUGCUAUUUAUGAAGCAAGACACUAUAUUCUAUAGUGAAUUUAAAAAAAAAAGAGGAAAAAAUGAAGCUAAAAGUAAUAAAUUUAGCCUCUUCGUAAUAAUAUAUUUGAACAUUUUCACAGAAAUAUCGUCGCAGAUAUUUGCAUGAAUUUUUUGAAUCAAUAUAUUUUCAAAAAGUAACUACAUACGCACAUGAGAGAAAGAGAUGGGAAAUCGAAAGUGCUUGAAGUUAUUUUGAAUCAUAUGUAGACGUUUUAUUAGUACAUUCUUUGAAACUUUCAAGUUACUCUAUUGAUAGUGCGUGGACGUGAACUCGCGUAUUUUAAUCAAAAUAAAGAAAAAGCAAGAGAGGAAAUAGGACAGAGAUUUUAUAAAUAUUAAUAUUAAAGUAGUACAGUAACAAUUGUUACGAAGAAGAUAUAUUUUUCUUACAGUAUAUUAAAAAAAAAAAAUGCUUUAAUAUUAAAAAACAAAUCAUUUAUCACAAACCAUUGUAUAAAAUCAGACCUCAUAAAAAUAAACGUAUUUAUUAGCUUUAACUUUAACAUAAUAGUCAAUGAUAAGUAAUUUAGAUCAAAUUUUUGUUUAAACUAUCCUUUUAAUAUAAAUAUUUUCUGUUUAUAGAUACAAGGCUAGCCAGCUGCGCCAUUCUUGUUGUGUGACAUUCAUAUCAUCAGCUACACUACGCACACUUCAUAUUGUUUUUUUCUUUCUAAUUAUUGCUGUAGUGAGCUGUCAGUCACACAUUGCAGGAAUGGACACAUCGGGCUUGCCUGUACCGGAUGCAAUCCACCCGCUACUUGAACAAUUGCAAGAAGCUUUGGUUCUUGAAGUAAAAUAUCAACCCAACCUUCAGUUACCUAAUAUAUCACAAACUGAUGAAAUAACAAUUGGAGCUCGUGAUGGAUCAGCCCAUGUUUUAAGAUGUUUGAAAGUAUGGUAUGAUCUACCAUCGGACGUAUUUUUUGUUGCCAUUAAUUUAAUGGAUCGUUUUUUAACAAAAAUGAAAGCAAGACCAAAACACAUGGCUUGCAUCAGUAUAUCUGCUUUUCAUAUAGCUGCUGUUCAGUUAGCACAGUCAUUGGAUGUUGAUCACUUAGUCUCGAUUUCUCAGUGCAAAUGCACUGGCAGUGAUCUUAAACGAAUGUCAGAAGUAAUACGGAAUAAGUUAGAAUGGGCACCUGGUACUCAACCUGUUACAUCUUUAACUUUCCUUCGAUUAUUCAAUGCAAUGUUCCUUUCGAUUGCAUCACAACUAGGACUAGGAGAAAUGUAUACCAGUAUUGUAACGGAAUCUGAACUUCUACUUAGAUUAGAAAUGGUUGCAUGUGAUGGUAAUUGUGCAAGUUUGAAGCCAUCGGAGAUGGCACUUGUUCUACUCUGCACAUAUUUAAACGGUGCAGUGAACCGAUUAGAUAAUAGUGCAGAUGUUCCCAUAUCUACUGCUAUUCCUAAUUCCUCCACUACCAAUACAUCUGUAACAUCAAGACAUCAAAUGCUUAGACUUUUGGAUUUUGCUAUAGAACUUCAAAAAAUAUGUAAGAUUUCAGAUACAAGCUUUUUUUCUACAUAUGAAGCUGUGGGUGCUAUAUUGAGCAAAUACAAUGCUCAAGAGCAAACUCCUCACAGACAAAGACUGAUAUGGAGAUUAUCUUCUCGUACAGCACGUCUUUUACGUCCAACUGACAAAUUUACUUCUGUGUUACCUGUCAUCGCCGAACAUGCUCCGGUUCCUUCGCCGAGUAAAAUCAGGUCUUGGUCAGAAAUUCAAUAUUUAUUCAACAUACCAAGUAGAAGAAGAAAGUAUACUUGAGUUUGAAACAAAAAAUUUUGUUAAAAGUUAAAUAGAAAGUACAAAUAUCAAUGUAUUUACGUCGAAUAGCAAAAGUUUGUGAUAUUUCUUUUUGUGUCAUGUGUUGAAAAAAUUUUGCUUGAAAAGCAGAAAAAAGAUAUUUGGAUAUUGUAUCUAAUUCGUACUAAAGCUUGGUUUUUCGUAAAUGAAAUGUAUUGAAACACAUGUAUAUGUAUAUAUGUGUAUAU